AUGCGACUAUUGAUCUGUUUUUUAGCUGCUUGCGUGACAGGUAUGCUCUUUUUUCCCCAUCUUCCAAGCAUAAAAAAGACUGAUAUGAUUAGAAAUUUACAGUUAAAAGUGAAGGAAAGUUUACGGUUUCAUCUAGUUUUCUAAUAUUUUCCACUAUUCGCAACAUUUUAAUAAUGACUUUUUGAUUUUUUAAAAAUUCGAGAAUGACACGAUUCUAGUCACUUGAUGAUUACUGUAGAAGUAGAUCGAUUUUAAAAAAUUCAUACAAUCGUCCAAUUGAUUCGAAAGCUAUUAUGAAGAAAAGUUACUGAAACAGUGGGAGCUAGAGAGUCUACAACAAAGUUUUAAUUGAUGUUACACAUAGAGAGCGUAUACCGUAAAUACUGUAUUAAAAGGGCACCCAGCACAAUGAUCUAGAGCAGUUUUAAGUCGAUUUUCGAACGUUUCACAAAGGCUCAUGUUGGACGCCCUUCUAAUACAGUAUUUACGGUAAUCAUUGAUAGCCGCUUUUCGAGCGAAACUGAAAGAAAACACAAAACUUGACGAGAUAUUGAUGAAACAGUGAAUCGAACUAGGAACUUUCAAACUUUCAAACUCUUAUAGCGUCAGCGGAUUUCUAUUCAAUCACAAUUGACAUAGAAUCGAAAAGAAAUGAACCGUAUGAAACCGCAAGUUUGCAGACGUAUUCUCGAACGAACUGACGAGAUGCUGUGCGGGCGGAACGCGUCACUUCAAGAACUCGAACACGUGCUCGAGCAUCAAGAGCGAAGGGACGAGUAUGUUGUGCCAGAGGGCCGCCGCCAUCUGUUGCCUCCGAAGUCUGCUGGAUCAUUCGUGCGACUCCGGCACCGAGAUUGCGAGAGAGGAGGAGAGUUGUCCGAGCAACAUUAACGUUUUGGGCGGCGGACUCAAAAAGGAGUGCUGUGAUUGUUGUCUGUUGGCCAAGGAUCUGCUCAGUCGGAACGAGCAGUGCAUUGCUCCAGUUGGGUUUUCGGCUGGAUGCUUGCGAAGUUUCAACAAGUGCUGUAAUGGAGAGUUUGAGAUCACCCAUGCUUCGGAGAUCAUUACAGGUAAGAAAAAGCCUUCCGUGGAUCCCCAUUCAUUUCAGUACCGUCUCAGGCCGCCCGCUCAACGAUCCUCACGUCCUGCACCUCGGCGACAGAUGCUCUUCCUCGAACUGCGAGCACUUGUGCCAUGACCGUGGUGGCGAGAGGGUCGAGUGCAGUUGCCGAUCCGGUUUCGACCUGGCCCCGGACGGUCUCGCGUGUGUCGGUGAGUCUUCUCUCUCUCCGCAUCGCCGCUUCUCCCUCCCUUGUCCGUUUCCCCCCGUACCUCUGUGCUUCUCAGACCGAAAUGAGUGUCAAACGCGGCCUUCCCCGUGUCUUGCCUCCGAGGAUUGCGUCAACACGAUCGGAGGAUACAUUUGUCAACGCAAAAUCUCGCGCCUCGUCCCUCACCGUCAUCGUGCGAAUCGAGUGGGCAAUGCGCCACGCCGGAUGCGAGACGAUCCGUAUUCUCGUGCGGGAGAAUAUCGGGAAGCGUCGCAGGCGAACACAGAGUUCGGAUGUCCCAUCGGAUGGUCUUUCCAGCACGGACAAUGUGUCGGUAUGUAUAGGUGCUCCCGGAAACUUGAAAUUUCUUCUAGAUACCUAUCAGACGUUGUAGUACACUCUAUCAUGAGUGCAUGUAACAAUUUAUUGGCAAAACUAUCUGACCGAUUCAUCAUACAUCAAAAAGCCCGUUGAAUCACAUACAAAUACAAAAAAAAACCAAAAAUUUCGGUACUCCUAGCAAGCGGAGCCCUUAUCGGCGGUGCUCUACACGUUUUGAAUUUAGAGAAUUAACCUAGUGUUGGGUGGAGGCGGUGUAUGUGAACCGACCGGACGUGGAAGUCUUCGGGGUGCCUCUUCGAGGGAGCUCUAGGACCGUUGCAUCUUUACGAGCCGAACGGGAGCUUCCGAUCCCUUGAACGUCGAAUCUAAAGUUCGUCAACUAUCAACAGUUAUAGGAGAUCAAUCUAGACCGAAAGGGGGGAGCACCGCCAACCAGUACGAGGAGACGCGCGCGCUUAUGAAGGGUAGGCGAACGAGACGGCCGACGUAUCGCGGGUUCCGCCCGCUGCUAUGUUUUGUGCGCUGAGUGGGCGGAGCCAGGGCACAACUAUACCGUCCAUUUAAGACGCUAUAUCUCAGCUGCUGAUUGAGAUAUCGAAGAGAUGUCAACUAACGAAAUAUUCACAAAGAAAUGUUGUAUAUUUUAUCAGUUAACAACUUUUUGAUAUCUCCACCGGCAGCCGAGAUAUAGUGUAUUCAGAAUUGGCAUUUCGGCAAGAAAAUUCGGUGUCUUGUCUGAAACUGCAACUCCUAAUGCUGUGUGCACGUGCUUUCCCUCCAGAGUGCUCCCUGUCCCAUGCGUGUUCCCUUCCGAAUCAACACUGUCUUCCCUCGCCGGACAACAAUUACGGACUCGGCACGUGCGUCUGCAACCGAGGAUACUACUGGAGUACCGUCAAUCAUUCGUGUGAAGGUUCCCCCCUGCAUGCUCAUUCUUUUCUUCUCUCUUUUUCUUGUUUCUCUUUCUAACUUCUCACUCGCAGACAUUGACGAGUGUGCCACGUUGAUGGACGAUUGUCUGGAGAGCCAGAGGUGUCUGAACACGCCCGGCAGUUUCAAGUGCAUUCGGACUCUCUCGUGCGGAACCGGAUACGCGAUGGACUCGGCGACCGAGCAGUGCAGGGGUGUGUGCUUCUUCACUAACAUUUAUAGUUACUACCGAAGAUUUUGUGAUCAAAUUUUUGCCACGCGCAUGUCUAAAUGCUAACUUACUUUAGAAUUGUGAACGUUUUUGGCAAACGCAAACGCAAACACAAAAAAUCAGUUUCAUGACUUUGAUAAUAAUUGUUGAUAGACGUCGAUGAAUGCAAUCUGGGAUCGCAUGAUUGUGGAGCCCUGUACCAGUGCAGAAACACCCAGGGAAGCUACAGAUGUGAUCCGAAAAAGUGCGGAGACGGAGAACUGCAGAAUCCGGUGACGGGCGAGUGCACUUCGAUCACUUGUCCCAACGGUUAUUAUCCGAAAAACGGAAUGUGCAUUGGUUAGUUUUUGAGAAUUGCUCAGCUGUUUCCAUUCGGUUACAGACAUCGACGAGUGUUCGAGCGGCCACAAUUGUGGCUCGGGAGAGGAAUGCGUGAACACUCCCGGAGCAUUCAGAUGCCAACAAAAGGGAAAUUUGUGUGCUCAUGGAUACGAAGUGAACGAAGCGACCGGGUUCUGUGAAGGUGAGCGGUGCAGUUGUGAAACUGAAAUUCAUGUCGAACGAACAUUCCAGACGUGAACGAAUGUCAGCAAGGAGUUUGCGGGAAAAUGGAAUGCAUUAACCUCCCGGGUACCUACAAAUGCAAGUGCGGACCUGGUUAUGAGUUCAACGACGGCGUAAGCAUCGAUUUUUGUGUGGCUGAACAUCUAGUUCAUACUGUUUUCAGAAAAAAAGAUGCGAGGACAUUGACGAGUGCAUCAAAUUCGCCGGACAUGUUUGUGAUCUGUCCGCCGAGUGCAUUAACACGGUUUGUUCUGGGGCUAUCGAAAGAAUGAUUGCAUUUGAGAGUGGCUCGCGUAAAAUGGGGGGAGGUUGAAGCAGAACAGUUCAUUUUGAGUCCAAACUCCCUCGUUUCGUUUUCCAGAUCGGCUCGUUCGAAUGCAAGUGCAAACCGGGCUUCCAAUUGGCGUCGGACGGUCGAAGAUGCGAAGACGUGAACGAGUGCGCGACGGGAAUCGCGACGUGCGAGCAAAAGUGCGUGAACAUUCCGGGCAGCUACCAGUGCAUCUGUGAUCGAGGAUUCGCCCUGGGCGCCGACGGGACCAAGUGCGAGGACAUUGACGAGUGCUCGAUUUGGGCCGGCUCCGGCAACGAUUUGUGCAUGGGCGGAUGCAUUAAUACGAAGGGAUCCUACUUGUGCCAAUGCCCGCCCGGGUACAAGAUUCAGCCGGACGGACGGACUUGUGUUGGUGAGAAUUGUUGAAUAAUUAACUUUCCAAAGAAUCAUUUUGCAGACGUCGACGAGUGUGGCCUGGGCGAAUGCGGCGGUUCGGACAAGGUGUGUGUGAACACUCUCGGAUCGUUCAAGUGUCAUUCGAUCGAGUGUCCGACCAAUUACAUCCACGAUUCGCUCAACAAAAAGUUAGUUUACCUCAUUCAUAAGUUACAGUUGCAUGAAUCCUGCAUUGUUUGCAAUUCAUUGAACGCUAACAGAAUGUUUCGUGUGAUUGCAGUCGUUGUAACCGUUCGCCGUCGGCAUGCGGCCUUCCGGAAGAGUGCUCGAAAGUGCCCCUCUUCCUAACCUAUCAGUUCAUCUCGCUCGCCCGCGCCGUUCCGAUCUCUUCGCAUCGGCCGGCGAUCACUCUGUUCAAGGUGUCCGCGCCGAAUCAUCCGGACACUGACGUCGCGUUCGAGUUGCAUUUGAAGACUACGAUUGUCGGUAGGCGAGCUAUUAAAUUUGCGGGCAGAAGGGGGGUUAAAAGUGAAACUGAACAUUUGAAAAGGUUACCUAAAAGUUGCAAUUAAGCUCUAGGGGAACAUUUUGAUGUUUUGUGACGUGCGGACACUGUAAAAGUCGUUACUAACCCAAUUGCAGACGCUCCAAACGUGCUGCCGGCAAUCCGUGCCAAUUUCCUUCUGCAAAAGGGCGAGAAGCGGAACAGUGCGGUCGUGACUCUCCGCGACAGUCUCGACGGUCCGCAGACGGUCAAAUUGCAGUUGUUGCUGCGGAUGAGCAAGAAGGGAAAGAGCGUGAACACGUACGCGGCGAAUCUGAUUGUCGACGUGGCGGCACACAAGAGACAUAAUACUGUGCAUCCGCCAGUCAUCCGAUUCUAGCAUGAUGUUGAGUGUGUGUGUGUGUGUUCUCUCUGUGUUUCCCGAUCUCAUUACUAUAAUAUUGUUGUGUUGCCUCCUAUAAACAUUUUCCCGGCCUUCUCUUCCAGUCAAAUCGCCGACGGCUACUCGUGCAUCAAAGUGUGCUCGGCCGAAGACACCGAAUGUCUCGGAAACCACACACGCGAAAUGUUGUACCAAUUCCGCGCGGUGCCCUCGCUCAAAUCGAUCAUUUCGCCGAUCGAGGUGUCGCGAAUCGUGACGCACAUGGGCGUUCCGUUCUCCGUCGAUUACAGUCUCGAUUUCAAGGGACAACGACACUUUCAGAUAGUACAGGAUCGGAAUAUCGGUGGGUUUUCAGUGCUGCGAAUAUGUGCUAGGAAUGAAACGGUAAAACCAAUUUUAGUCCCGUUUGGGAAACUUUUCAUGAUUCCGAGCUUCUCAGGAGUCUCAUUUUCACAAAAUUAUCUUUCAAACCACUCAAAAAUACACUUUUGUACCGUUGUUUCACUAUGAAACGUGAAAAUGUUGAAAUGGCCGUUUCAAGUUGUGCUCAACACGAAACCUCCAUCCAAAAGUAUGUUUUCCGUGCCAUUCAAAGAAAAAACAAAAAAGAUAGCAUUCUCAUUGUCGGCUCGAACAACUUCAGGAAUCGUGCAACUCGUGAAGCCGAUCCGUGGUCCGAGCGUGGAAACGAUAAAAGUGAACAUUCACACCAAGUCGCGGACCGGAGUCAUUCUCGCCUUCAACGAAGCGAUCAUCGAAAUCUCCGUCUCCAAGUACCCGUUCUAA